AUGCACAUCCUGGACGCAAUCCUCGCAUGGUGGGCCAGCGCAGACCACGUUCCCACUUGCCACUUGCACGUGUGGAAGCUGGCCAGGGACUCGAUUCUUCACAGCGAUGUAAAGAACAUCCUGGCCAGAUACGAAAACGUUGUGCUUGCGUACCUGGCGUUUUCGGCUUGGUUGAUGACAGACUCUGCGGUUCAGGUUGCUAUCCUCAACAAUGCUCCAAACAUGAUGGCCCUCUAUGUCCUCGCAAUCAUGUGCGGCUGCACCCUGCUUUGUGAAAACCAAGCUACGCAGGUACACUAUGCUCAGCUCCGGCACAUCAGCACCUUACAGCGCUUGCAGGAGUCAACCUACGUCUACGGUGAGAGACCAGACCUUGCACAUCAGCGCAACUUGCUCGAUCAGAUGAUCACAAGGAUGUCCAGUGGAGGAGACUAUCAAACCAGGCUCCUCUACAUGCCUUUGAACCCGACCUUUCAGAAGGCUGUUUUUGCUUACUUCUUCACGGCAUGCGUGUCAGUCGCUACAAGACCCAUCGCCGAUGGAAUAAGCCUUUCAAGGCCACUCGGAGCUUUCGAUACACUGGCAAACCACGCCACUGAUCAGAAGUAA